UAGCCAUAUUAGUGAAUGCCCCUUGUUGGCCAGUGAUUCUGAAACUGUCUAUCUUCCGGCUAAGUUAUGCAUUAACAAAUGUAAAAUUGAUUUAUACGAUGGUCAGCGACAUGACGUGUAUUGACCUUUCAAAACAAAUAUAAAACUACUACACAUUGAAGUGACCAUUAACACACUUGAGUAAAUUUUGAAUUGACCAUCGUUUUUGGUGUGAAAAUGGAGGAAAUGGACAAUUACAGUGAAGGUAUUCAAGAUUUAGACGAUGAUAAAAAUGACUACAAUCUAUUAUCAGACAAACAACCACAACAGAAAGCAGUCAAAAUAGACGAAAAAGGACAAGAAGAAACUGAAAUAAACGAUGCAGGACCAAAGAAAAAGAAAAAGAAAGCGAAGAUCAGAUUUAGAGACAUUGUUGACUUGAUGAAACGAAGAGAAAGCCAAUACAGUCAGUAUGACGAAGAAACCAGUAAUGUUCUGAACAUGUUAAGGGUACAUUUUGGAGACCCUUUUUCUCGCUGCUUGGGCGAGAAAAAUACAGUCAGAAAAGUACCUAUUAAAAUGAUCCUGCUUCUUAUCAAGCUUAUUUUAGUCACUGCUCAGUUAAUCAUGUUUGGUAGUGAAAGAGCAGAGUUCGUAGAAUAUCUUAAAGGCAACAAUAUCGCAAUGAAGAACCUAUUGUUUAAAGAUUGGGACCCUGAAUAUGAGGCGUUCCCGUAUCCACCAGGCAUUGGGCCUUAUGCAGUGUAUACUAUCGAUGAUCUACAUGAACAUAUUGAUUAUGCUGUGAACAGGUAUUAUAAGCUUCCAGGAACUGCUGUUGGGUCAUUCUUUUUGGGACACCUGGAAGAUUCAGACCACAGUAAUAAAAAAGAAAUCUGCAUUAAAUAUUACAAAGAAGGACACUUCCACAGAAAUGGAACGAUAGACUUAGAUCCCACUAUUAUUAAUAAAUGCAAAAUAUUAACGUCAAAUUUUACAACUUAUGGUUUUGAUCCAACAAUCAGACAACUAAUGACCAGUGUUAAUGGAUCUUUAGUGAGGUUGUUGGGUGUCGAGCUUAAAUUUACUGUAACUUCCAUACGUAUAGAUAUGGAAGAACCAGCAACAAGGUCCCAGUGCUUUAGAGUAGCUGGAAUGAUUACUUUCGACAAUGUUAAGCUGAACGGACAAAUAAAACAAGAUUUGAAGACAUGGAUUGACAGUUUUCAGUGUGCAGGUUUUAUCGAAAAUAAAUUUAUUGAAGAUGAUAUUGCUGUAGCUGUGAUGUUACUUGUGGCGACGAUGUUAUCACUAUUAUUGUCUGUUCGUUCAUUCUACUUUUCUAUAAAGACACUAAAGGUAACUACUGACUAUUUUCGACGAAGACAUCCCGUCAUUGAUGGAAAGGCUGUGGAGGAAUUAUCAGCUGAGGGAAAAUGGGAAAUAGUUAAAGCACGUGACAUCCUUAUAAUUAUAAGUGAUGUAUGCACCAUUGCAGGAACAGGAUUCAAGAUGGUUAUAAAUUCUCAGGCCCUUUCUAGUUCUUCAAAUAUGUAUGAUGCUUGUGGUAUAUUGCUAGGUUCUGGUUGCCUUUUUGUGUGGUUCGGUGUUCUCCAUUAUUUGUCCUAUGAUUCCAGACUAAAUUUACUAUUCAGAGUGAUGGCAAAGGCAUCUGGACAAGUGAUGAGAUUUUUGUUCUGUUUCGUCAUACUGUUUAUUGGUUUCACGCUGUGUGGAUGGGUUGUUUUAGGUCCAUAUCAUAUGAAGUUUUUCAGAAUAUGGGAAGCAUUCUUUUGUUUAUAUUCGAUAUUAGACGGAGAUGAAUUAUAUUUGAAUUACGUCACAGUAGAAGAUGAUAAACAGAUAGUGUGGUGGUUUAAUAGCAUAUUCAUUACCCUAUUCCACUUAGUGUUCGCAGUCAUUGCCAUGAAUAUAUUCAUUGCCAUUUUUACAUCAACUUACGAAGUCAUGCAGGAAAAAGACGAAAGGAGUGAUCUAAAAAAGUGGUUAGAUAACUAUCGCCAUAAAAAGAAAUUCAAUUUGACAAAAAAAUGCAAAACUUGUUUCUGUGGUUGUUUGUUAUAACAAGAACCUUUCGGAGCACAGUCAGGGAUUCCUUGAAUAUAGAUAUGUGUAUUGAGAUAGUUGAUGGUUGAUGACUACAAACUUCAAAAGUAAAGAAGAGAAUAGUGUACGAACGCCAUUGAAAUAUAGGAUGCGCAGUAACCAUAGCAUUUUCAAUGACAUUAUUGGUUUUAUGCUCAAUAUUACAUCGCCUUUGAGAAUAUCUGAUAUUUUACUUAACUUGCUUAAAAGUUUUGUUUAUGUUUGUUGUUUUGCCUGUACUCUUUCAUUUUAUGCCCAGCUUAGUUGUAUAAAUCGACACAUGACUACCUGUGCAGCUUUUUUUUAAUGUUAUUUGAGAAAAAUAAACUGUUUCUCAAAUGA